AUGAAACAGACUUUCCCUGCAAUCCGUGUGGGUUUGAUGGUCGGUAUUGGUGGCGGUGUGCCCAGUGAGACUGAUAUACGGCUGGGCGACAUCGUCGUCGGGACGAGAGUGAUGCAAGCGGAUCUUGGGAAAAUGACCGGAGAUGGGCAGCUGGAGCAGACAGGUGUCGCUCGGUUUCCUGACCAAAUUCUUGCGACAGCCGUGUCUAGCCUUCGGGCGAAACACGAGCUGGAGCCGAGUCGAGUCCCAUCUAUUUUGCAGCAGAAGCUGGACGGUUCCGGGUACGGUCGUCCGAGCUCACCGGAUCGUCUCUUCCACGCCACGUAUAAGCACGAAAAUCCACAGAACAGCUGCGAUAAAUUUAUUCACUACGGCGCAAUUGCCUCGGGAAGCCAGGUCGUCAAAUCCAGCGCCUUUCGGGACAAGGUGGCUAGAGAGUUGAAGAUUCUAUGUUUUGAAAUGGAGGCUGCUGGCCUAAUGGAUAUUCUCCCUUGUAUUCCAAUCCGAGGAAUAUGUGACUAUUCCGAUUCUCACAAGAGCAAGGACUGGCAAAAAUAUGCUGCGGCCACUGCGGCUGCGUACGCAACGGAGCUGCUCCAGGAGCUGCCUGUGACCGAAGUACACACAAGAGUUAGCUGCAGGUCUGUCCCUCAGCAAGUUCCAUCGCAGGAGCAACGGCAACGUAUGCUAGAUUCCCUCAGAUUCGAGCAAAUUGAUGCUCGUAGGACGAAUAUCAAGAAGGCCCACGCUAAGACUUGCCGAUGGUUUCUCAGCCACCAGGAUUACAAGGCAUGGCUAGAUCAAAGACAGCUGACCCAACAUCAUGGUUUUAUGUGGGUCGGCGGCAAGCCCGGUGCUGGAAAGUCAACUAUCAUGAAAUUCGCCUAUUUGAAUAUGAAGAACAAGGCCCGUAACAAGGACGAGGUCACUGCUUCUUUCUUCUUCAAUGCCCGUGGAGAAUAUUUAGAAAAGUCAAUCCCAGGGAUGUAUCGAUCAUUGUUGCUACAGAUACUUGAAGGUUAUCCCGACUUGCAAAGGGUUCUGGAUGAUUUUGACCUUGCUCCUUCUCCGACUGAAGAUACUAGCCUCUCCUUGAAUACCCUCAAGGAUCUACUUUGCACCGCCAUUUUAGCUCUUGGCCAGCGCCCAUUUACUUGUUUUGUCGAUGCGCUGGACGAGUGCGACGAGCAACAAAUCAUCGAUAUGAUCCAAUACUUCGAAGACCUGGCAGAACAAUCUACAGCCAGGGGGGUGCAAUUUAGAAUAUGCUUCUCCAGUCGACAUUACCCCUACUUAUCCACUCGGUGGGGUCUUCGGUUUACACUGGAGCAUCAAGCAGGACACACGGAAGACUUAGAAACUUACGUUGAAAGCCGCCUCCAAAUCAGAGACCCUAGGCUUAUCGAAAAGCUGCGACCUGAAAUUCUCAGGAAAGCAGCUGGUGUUUUCAUGUGGGUCGUCUUGGUUGUCGAUAUACUGAAUAAAGAGUAUCGACGUGGUGCGAUGUUUAUGGAGAAGAAACUCGAAAGUUUACCAAGUGGCUUGAGCGACCUGUUCAAGGACAUUUUACAGCGCGACAAAGAAAACAUGGCGGAGCUCAAACUUUGUAUUAUUUGGAUUCUUUGCGCGAAAAGGCCCCUGCAACCGAGAGAAUUCUAUCAUGCCCUCUGGUCUGGCUUAUCAUUCGAGGAUCCGGACGAGAGCGAAAUGCCAGAUGCUUCAGGCCGGGAGAUAGGGGAAGAUGAUCUACCUAGGUUCUACAGAUAUGUUAUAAGCUCCUCAAAGGGACUUGCUGAAGUCACAAACUCUACGAACCAAUCAGUUCAGUUCAUUCACGAGUCUGUCCGAGAUUUCCUCAUCAAGGAUAAGGGUUUGUAUGAGCUGUGGCCUGAACUUGGGGCUGACUGGAAGAGCCCCAGCCAUGAGUUACUCAAGCAGUGUUGCAGCUUCUACAUGACUCACAGAGCGGUGCACGAUUCUAUCAGUAUACUGUCGGAGGAGAACAAAUCAGAACACCAGGCGAUUGAUUUAGACAAGUACCCGUUCCUGGGGUACGCCAAGGAAUUCGUCUUCUACCAUGCCAACGCUGCGGCAAAAGUGGUCCCUCAGGACGAGUUUCUCUCGUCAUUCCAGAUUGUCAACUGGAUCAAAAUCAACAAUCUGCUCUCAAAGUACAGGUCUCGUGAAUACAGUCCCGAUGCAAGUCUUUAUUAUAUUCUUGCAGAAAGAACAUCACCCGAACUCAUUCGUACACGAUUCAAAAAGGACCCAAAUGUCCAUGUGGCUGGCGAGCGAUACAGAUACCCGCUGUUUGCAGCCCUGGCCAAGGGGGAAAAGAGUAAUGUUGCAGCUUUGUUGAACUCGCCAUUGAGCAUUCAAGAUGGGGUCGACCUCACAGAUGGCCUAAAACUCACGCGGGACUUGCAGGGGUAUAAAGGCUUCAGAAAAUGGUCAUGA